AUGAUCUUCCGGAACAAGACGAUACACAGCCAAGCUCCUCCUCCGCAAAUGCGCAAAAGACGUCCUAUACUGAUCCGCCUCCUCAAGCAGAUGUUGACCUCAUCUCCGAGGCGGGAAGCCCUUCCCUUCGGCUUCGUCGCCGAUGUGCUCUUCCAGAUCAUCAUCAAUGGCGAGGUGAACACCAUCUUGACGCUUUGCCGGUUGAACCGCGCUACAUACGAGACCAUCAAGGUGUUGGAGCCACACAUCUGUGGCUGGUUCAUGCGCUUCCAUGCGAUUGAAUUUGACCCCAUUCUUACCCUUAACCCGUGGACGGGAGAGCAGAGCACACUGACAGUGCACUCCCUCGUAAGGUUCUUCCAGCGCCACAAUAUCGCAAAGGAUUUAUCGCGACAUAUUGUACCAUCAGUCUGGGGACCUUUCUGCGAUGACGGGAAUCCAGAGAUGGACUUUGAAGCGGAGUUACGCCUUGCCAAGCGGUUGGAAAGAGGGUUACACGUUCUCUUUCACAUGGCCGACAUUGCGCGCGACACCGAAAGGCUGAAGCCCAGCAGGAAGCCACUGGCUCCUGUUGUCAGUGGACGUCUCUUCGUGCUCGGCAAGAUGUUAGACGAGUACGAUGAACUGCCCCAGCACAGGAAACAGUUGAUGUCAUUUGAAGAGUACACCAACCACGUUUAUACGGUUCUAAAGUGGGGAUAUGUGGAGGCCGAUAUUGGCCGCAGGCGGCUAGAAUUCCGAGGAUGGCUUGAUGAGCAGACUGAGAUCGACUUUCACGCGUCUCUGCGAAUGCUGCGCGAGCUGAUGGAGCGCAUGCUUCUCCGCCACGGCCCCAAGGACUGGCACCGCGACGCCAAGAACGAAUAUAGCGUCAUAUCCUGGUUUCUCCUGAAACAACCGCCGCGCUCACUGGCGAAGCUGUUCUUGAGUCCUCAGAACGACUGCUGCGAUAUUGAUGUGAAAGCUACUGAUUGCGGUGUUAGGAAAUGCCAUUUCUCAGACCCGCUAGACAAUUACUGGAAAGCCUGGAAAAAUGUGCCCGACCUAGGCUGCCAGGACUGUGACUGCAAGCGACGAGUCAGAAGUUGGAGCGUCAAGCCUGCACUUAUUGAUGCCCGAGGAAGAGAGUUUAAUCGUGCUGCAGAGCGAUACCUGAGGGAGAUGUGGAGUCAGCGACACGUCGGUCUCCAUCGGGCUUUUACCAUGGGCGUUUUUACCACAGUUAUUGGAUGA